UGUUAUGUGUAGAAAAGAGGGUCAAUAAAUAAACGUGAAGGGAAGCUUCAUGAUCAGAUAUUGUAUCGAUUAGCACACAAUGACGAACUUAUUUCUAGACCCAAAUAUCCGUGACUGGGUAUUCAUCCCCUUGGUAUUGGUGAUGUUGGCCGUAGGCAUACUGCGUGCCAACAUCGCGAAGCUAAUGGCGUCUGAGAAGAAACCCAAGAAACAAGAUAUUAUUGACAAUGGAUAUUUACAACGAGCACGGAUGUUAAGGGCAAAUGGACGUCUUAUCUCUAAAGAGUCGUUCGCUAUGCGCAAGUCGUUCUUCAAUCAUGAGAGUAAAGGAUUUUUUCGUCAGGAGAGAGAGCAAGCCAACCCAACACAAGACCCCAAUAUGAUGGCAGACAUGAUGAAAGGAAACAUGUCCAUGAUUCUUCCUCAGAUUCUGUUGAUGACCUGGGUCAAUCAAUUUUUCUACGGAUUUUUAACAACCCAGGUACCCUUCCCGCUGACCCUGAAAUUUAAAGAGAUGACACAAAGAGGUGUUGAGCUGCAGGCUUUGGAUGCGACGUGGAUCAGUUCGCUGUCGUGGUAUUUCUUGAUCGUCUACGGCAUCCAAGGACUGCAGAUCCUCAUCACCGGCAGUGCAGGCCCCAAUGACGAGAAGCGCAUGGCCGAGCAAAUGUCCGGCGGUGGCGGUGGCCCUCAGCAACCAGAUAUGAACGUGAUAUUCAAACAAGAAAGAGAGGGCCUCGAGCUGGUAGAUCACGAUUACGAUCUCGACAAGGUGGAAGGACGACUACUUGGACUCACCCAAGGGAAAAAGUUCGAUUAAGCUCUAACCGAAGUUAAAUCGAAUAUUAAAAUGAGCCAUAGGCAUUGUAUUUCUUCCUGUGAUCAUUGCCUAGAGCUACACUCUACGCCAC